GGAGGAAGAAAGACCCUCCUCUCUCCGGGCCUGGUAGACUGGGGGUUGGGCAGCCUACACCUCCUUUGCCCCCUGGCUACAGAGUUAAGGCCUCCUUGGAAGAUGUCCUAAAGUGGGGGCCAGCAAAGCCACUAAAGCCCUUAGCCAUCAUGCCUUUGAAACCUGAAGACCCCGGUAGUGGAUUCCGGCAUGGCACAGUGAUAGCCUUCAUCAAUGAGAAGAUGGCCAGGCACCCAAAAGGCCCUGAGUUCUACCUUGAAAAUCUGUCUCUGUCCUGGAAGGAGAUAGAAGAUAAGAUCAGGGCCAUCCUAGAGGACAGCAAGGUGCCCAGUGAGGCUCAAGAGGCCUGUACUUGGGGCAGCCUGGCCCUGGGCGCGCGCUUAGCUUGCAGGCAGGGGAGCUUACAGGAGUGCAGGGUGCAGUGGCUGCAUGACUUUGCCAAACUGCACAAGUCAGCCACAAAUGCCUUGGCCUCAGAUCUGAAGCAGCUCACAGAGCAGCAGGAAAUGGAGCGCAAGGAGGCUGCCUUCCAACUGCAGCUGGCCCACACCAAACUGGCCAAGGUGCAGAAAGAGAGGGACCUGCUGAGGUGGAAGCUUGUGCAGGAGAAGCUGAAGGCUCUCCCAGAGCUGGCUCUGGAGGGGCCAGACCUGGUUACUGUUCCAGAGGUGGGGAUACAAGGAGGAGGUGAGAAGCAAGAGGUGGCAGAGGCUGAAGCUAGUGCUAUAGGCGGAGGAAGAGGAGAAGAAGAGGAAGAAGAAGAAGAGAGGAAUGUGAUUAGCGCAGCCCCAGAGGAGGCCACACAGGAGCUAAGUAGAAGCUUCCUGCAGCUUCCUGGAGUUGUCCAGCAGAAAAAUUACACCUCUGGCAAAGAGAGGGAGGGUGACAUUAGGCCUGUGGAAACAGCCACGCUUUAUCUCUCUGGGACACUGAAGGCCACAGCCACAGCCACGGCCACCACCUCACCAGAACCCCUUCCUGUCCAGCUCCCUGCCUCAUUCUCAUACAGCUACUCAAGCCCUUUGUCCGGUUUCCCAGUCACGUCCACACCAUCCCAACUGGCAGCCACGAUCACAGCACCUUUUCCAUCUCAGAUGUCCCCCCACUGCUCAGCCUCUGAUGUUAGCUUGUGGUCUGAUGUGGGGGCUCAAGGAGGAGACGCUCAAGAAUAUCAGAAAAACAAGAGAGACACAGAACUCCAUCAGCAGAGAAAACAUCCAACAUUUCCCAAGCUGAGGGAUUGGAACUGCCCUUGGUGUAAGGCCAUGAAUUUUUCACAAAGGGAAAAUUGCUUCCACUGUAGAAGGGCAAUCUGGCUGCAAAGCCCUUAGUAAAAUCAGCAAUGUGCAAUAAAAAAGAAACG